GUCUCGAAGCGGGCUCGAACCGGCGCAUCCGGAUACCACCGAACUCACCCGCCAGUCAUCCGAACACAACCGAACUCACCCGCCAGGGUCAUCCGAACACAACCGAACUCACCCGGCAGAGUCAUCCGAACACAACCGAACUCACCCGGCAGAGUCAUCCGAACACAACCGAACUCACCCGCCAGGGUCAUCCGAACACAACCGAACUCACCCGCCAGAGUCAUCCGAACACAACCGAACUCACCCGCCAGAGUCAUCCGAACACAACCGAACUCACCCGCCAGAGUCAUCCGAACACAACCGAACUCACCCGCCAGAGUCAACCGAACUCACCCGCCAGAGUCAUCCGAACACAACCGAACUCACCCGCCAGAGUCAUCCGAACACAACCGCGUCCUUACCCAACCAGCUCCGUCGCAAAUUGAAUCUCCCGCACAAAUUUACUUUCUAUAAAAUGUGA